AUGGAAAAGGCUGCUAAAGUUAUGAGACGGAGUAGUGUGCGAUUAUUAUCACUUGGCGGUGGACAGAGUGAUUUAAAUGUCUUGAUAUCUGAGCUUAAAGAUAUGAGAAACACACAGAAAGCUUAUCAAAGUGCUCAAACUUCAGAUCAAUUAAAAGAUUAUCGUCAAACUUGGGAACGUGUAUUAGAAGGAGAAAAACAUGUCUUACAGUCCAAAAAUCACUUGCUUGCAUGUGAUCAAAGAGAGAAUAAACUGAAAAGAGAAUUGAAGAAGGCUUAUAAGAAAGCACCAAGAGCAGAAUUAGAAGCAUUAGAAAGUAAAUUAGCCCAGGCUGAAAGAGCCAAAGAUGUAGCACAGUUAGAAGUGAACGAGCGAACUCGUGAAAAUGAAGCAGUUAAACUGAUAAGAAUUAAGGAAGGUUUAUUAAAGUUUUCUAAUUCUUAUAUUGAUUUUGCACAUAAUACAGCAGUAGUGUUUGAAUCACAAAGAAAUAUAGCAUUGCAACUACCUGAUGUACAUGAUCAAGAACUUGAAGACAUCAAAUAUACGGGUUCUGGUGCAACAAAACAUUAUGUGAUGAAAGCCAAAGAGGAAAUCAAGAAAAAUAAAGAAAGGGCAGCCCAAUCCCCUUAUUGUGAACCCCCUCCACCUUAUUCACCAUGUGAUAAUUUAACCAGUGAUAGCAGCUAUAACUCCUCCCUCAACACAUCCUCCAACCAAGGUGCUUCACCACGUCGCCGAUCUCAUCCAGCAUACCAGGCUCGUCAAAUCACCGCCGAGGAUUACACAUACUGCAGUGAUGGAGAAGAAGAUUUAAAUGGGGCUAUGGGUGGUAUGAAUAUUAGUUAA